AUGGACUUUCUGGGCCCGUUACCGUCGAACGUAUAUCUCUUGGUGAUAGUGGAUUACUACAGCCGAUACAAGGAAGUGUGUAUCAUGAAGAGGAUCACAUCAGAAGAAACAAUCAAACAAAUCGAACCAAUCUUUGUACGGUUAGGUUAUCCAAGAACGAUCACACUGGACAACGGUCGUCAGUUUAUCAGCACGGAAUUCGAGGACUAUUGUCGCACAAGAAAUAUAACUCUCAACCAUACCGCUCCAUACUGGCCGCAGGCGAAUGGCGAAGUUGAGAGACAAAACAGCUCUCUGCUAAAACGACUCGAGAUCAGCCAUUGGGAAACGGAUUUGCUGCAGUAUUCAAUGAUGUAUAACACCACUGCACACUCAAUUACGGGAAAGGCCCCAUCGGUGCUAUUGCAAAAUCGUUUAAUUCGGUCCAAAAUUCCGACGAUUGGCGACAAAGAAACGGCGCCACCUGUUAGUUCCGAAGCCCAAGAUAGAGAUAUCGUUUUAAAACAUAAAGGGAAGGAAAGGGAAGAUAUCAGACGUCAUGCAAAGCCUUCAGAAGUUCAAGAAGGAGACAACGUCCUGUUGAAGAACCUUGUGUCGACAGGCAAACUUACUUCAACAUUUGGCAGAACAGAAUAUAACGUAGUUGAGAGGAAAGGAAACCGCGUUACAGUAUUUGAUCCCGUAUCCGGUGGCGUGCUUGAAAGAAACACGGCUCAUGUCAAGCAAAUAGCCAAACAUCCUAACGAUGAAGUCAGUCGGUCCCGAUCUGGAACCAGUGCAAACAUCCCGUCCAUCCCGUUUGAUGUCUCGACCAACCUGGCAACGCGAUUAUGUUGUCAAUCAACCAUAAUCUGGAUAAAAAGGACGAUGAAUGAUUCACAGAUCCAAGCAACCCGAUGGUACAGUGAAGCAUUCGUGAAUUAG